UCUUUCUUUCUUUCUUCCUCGUCUCCCAGCAGCAUCUCUGCCAAACCGGCUGUCUCCAUGACAACGCAGGCGGGGUUUGCCGUUUUCACCAUCCUCUUCAUCAUCAUCAUCACAGCUCCAAACCUCCACAGCGCAACAUCUCUGAGUGGAAUGGAAGAAAAGGACAAGAAAGAAAAUGGCGAGUUCACCGGAGAGAUAAAGGGAGGGAUGCGGCCUUCAAUGAAACUGGUUGUUAUGGGAAUUAUUGACAAAAAACCCAAGAUCAUCGAGGUGACUCUGUCCAGUAAACCUCAGGACGAGGACACGGAGGCCGACGUGGGUCUGCAGCUGAACGUCAACUUCACGGACAAGGCCGUCCAACGCAACGCCCGUCUGGCGGGAAAGUGGGGUCCGUCUGAGAACACCCUGUCCUUCUUUCCUUUUGCACCUGGAGAACCCUUCAAGAUGGAGAUCGUUUGUGAGCACCAGCAGUUCCGGAUCCUGGUGGACGGACAGCCUCUGUGCGGCUUCACCCACCGGAUCUCCCCGCUCGCCUCCCUCACCUCUUUACGAGUCUUUGGGGAUCUACAGCUCACCAAGGUGGCCUAGCUGCAGCGUCUCAGCCCACAGACAGACAACAUGAGGACGUCCCGGGACUGCGUUUAUAAGAUUAGGACUAGCGCCACCUCCUGAGUGAAUAAAUUGACCCACGAUGGGGCUGUUGUGUUUUCCAGACAAAUAGUUUAUACCCCUGCCUCGUAAUCCCGUGUUAAGACAAAGUGCCUUCACUAGAUUACCCGUUUGAGGACUUGAAGAUAGAGACAGAAUGUAACACUCAACAAACUGAAUGUGAUUUGAACUGAAUUAAGUCGUAAACAAUGAGAUUUAAGCGACAAUAUUUUCCCCUUUUUCGAUGAACAUUUGCACAAACCUGAUGCAACGUUCGCGAGCGCCUGCAUGAAGAUGAAUGUUUCUGGAACCAGCUGUGGCCGACUCAGUGCGGUAACAGGUGUAAUAAUGUAUAACAGUUGCCCACGUUAGUGCAUGUCAGCGAGUGUGUUUGUUUCCAGAUUUCACACAGAGCUGGAAGGAUUAGUCCCACUUUCUGUUCUUGUACCAUUAACGUCAACUCACUUAAAGGAUUUACUCACAAGCUUCUGACUCCCACUGGUUUCUGUACUUUUCUUUCACCUCCAGCACUUUUUCAGGGGAACUUUACAAAUUGACUUUACUUAACUGCAAUAAAUCACUUUUGUUGUUA